AAAUGAAAGUCAAUAAAAUGGAAGAAAACGGUAGUUCCGACAACAAAUAUGGCGAAAAAACUUCGUUCUGCACGACAGAGCUUCAACUUCCAACCGAGUUUUCAAGCAUUGAGCGUGUUUGCUUGACUGCUGACGGUAACUUGCAGCGUAUUUUAAGCGCUUGGUUCAAUGAUAAGGUAAUGAUAAAAAUAAUAAGAAACAAGAAAGUUGGUGUUUCUUCUAAUAAUAACCUUGAAGACCAAACACAAAAAAAAGGCAUACACCCGGAAGAGACGAGAAAGAAACUAAAAAUGAACAAUGCGAGCAGUGUAAACAUUUAUCAGAGCAUUAGUUCCAAUUUCAGUUCUGGUGUUAGUCAAUUAAUUCAACAGCAUCAACUAAAACGACCAUUACUGGGACGCGUGGAUCGCGAAGUAGAUCUGUGUUGUAAGGGUAAAGUGGUAUGUAAUGCGUUAAGCAACUUGUUGAUAUACGAUGAGAAAAUUGACGAGGUUCUGAAUGAGCAUGAGAUUGGGAUUGCACAAAUAUUCAGAUACUUUAACAAACAUCCCGAUUUCCAAUUACUUUCAAUCGGCCGAUCAGACACUAUCUGGUGGCGCGAGUACUCGUUACGCAUUGAAGGUAUAGACUGCUACAUCAAGGAAACCUUUCCUAAGAAUUUGUUUAAAGAAGGGUGGAUUGAUGACGAUAAUCUUCCUGAUGAUUUCUUUGAUAAGGAAUGCACUAGAAAUGUUGUUUCGUGGGAGUAUUAUUCUUCGACGUUUAAAUAA